UCUUUAUCCUAUUCAUCGAUUCCAUAGCGUCUUGCGAUUCGCCGUGUUAAAUAUCGAUCUAUUCUCCCCUCUGCGCUCUGUCCGAAUUGCAGAUACCCGUCCACGGUCCACGUUGCUUUUCCACCGCCAACAACCCACCUACUUAUAACGCCCCGACUGUCGUCCAGUUGACUGUUCGCCCGCUGCGCAUCUCUUAUCGCUGCAAUUGCCCCUUUUGCCUCCAUAUAUUGCAGCUUCUGAAAGAAUGGCGACCGGUCCCGCUACCCAAUCUUUGAAGUGUGUAGUCACUGGUGACGGUGCUGUUGGAAAAACAUGUCUCCUGAUCGCCUACACAACCAACGCUUUCCCUGGGGAGUAUAUACCGACCGUAUUUGACAACUACACCGCUAGUGUGAUGGUAGAUGGCCGACCGAUCAGCCUAGGACUCUGGGAUACUGCUGGACAGGAAGAUUAUGACCGACUUCGCCCGUUGUCCUAUCCGCAAACCGAUGUCUUUCUUAUCUGUUUCUCCAUCGUCAGCCCUCCGUCGUUCGACAACGUCAAAGCUAAGUGGUUCCCGGAGAUUGAACACCACGCGCCCAAUGUCCCCAUUAUUCUGGUUGGAACGAAGCUCGAUCUGAGAGACGACCCAGCAACGACAGACGCCCUUCGUCAACGAAAGAUGGAACCGGUUUCCUACGAACAAGCCCUCGCCGUUGCUAAGGAAAUCCGUGCACACAAAUAUCUCGAAUGUUCGGCUCUGACACAGCGUAAUCUGAAGAGCGUCUUCGACGAAGCUAUUCGUGCUGUUCUCAAUCCACGACCCGCCACGAAGCCGAAGAAGACCAAAUGUUUGAUUCUGUAGAUCGAUUCUUAUAAUUUUCCUCCGACUAUAAUAUAAAGAACUAGUACGGCGUCUGGGUUGUUGGGGAAUCUAUCCCCUAUGAUGACAAUAUCUUUCAAUUCUCUUGUUCC